AUGAGCUUCUCAAACACGAGUUACUGGGUCCAACAUUUCCAACUGUACACGACUCUGGCUGCAAAGGUGCAGCAUCCUCCCGGGUGGAACACCAGCACCUGCCUGGCUGACGUCGCUGUAGAAUCAGCCAUACAAUACAUGACGGACCUUGUCCAGCUCGACCAUGACAGCUUCACAUCAGGCGCUCACAUCAACUGCUCGUCAAUUUUUAUGGCCACGAGGCUCUUUUGCAUCAGGGGCGAAGGUCCGGUGAGCACGCGCCUUUCCAUGGCAGUGCAGGCCAACGCGGACGCAGAGUUGUCGAUCGGAGUUGGAGCAAAGGAGGGUGCCGAUGAGCACUCCCGGAACCUUUCAAUGACUGUGGGUGGAAUUGGUGGCCGCAGCGCCUUUCACUUGUUUACGGUCCCAGAAGAUGAUAACCUUGAUGUGUGGCGUGUGAGUUUCAAUGUGCCUGAGGAGUUCCGCAACAACAACAUAUAUCAUGCCUAUAUCAUGCAUGAGUCCUCCCCGUGCAUUUCCGAAGUGCUUCGGAAUGGUGGCUGUUUCAACGCGCAGAGAGUCUGGUCUUGCACUCGAUCGGUUCCCGUGUCGUUCAGGCGACCAACCGCUUUUGGUAAUUUGAAGAUUGCUAUGAGCCUGAGCUUCUCCCAGUCCGCAAGGAUGACGAUCAGCCGAGGCUCCUUUCCAUCACUUCGAUCCGGCCAGUGGGUCCUCUUCGUGCUCUGCAACCUGAAAAAGCCGCAUGAAAUUUGCCCGGAGGGUCGGAUUGACGUGAAGCUUUCUCCAGGAUACAAUCAACGUGCCAAACUCUGGGUAGGUGCAGCCAUCAUGGUUUUUGGGCCAGCCUUGGUCUUAUUCGCAGUCAAUGCGAUGUACUUUCUGGCAUACAAGCUUUUGUACACAAUCUUCACUGAAAACGGUCAGACUCAACGUCGGCUGUGGCCAAUCUUCAUGUCGCUACCUGGCCGCAAGCACGUGGCGAUGCUCCGUGAGAAGGUGAACCUGAUAUUUCGGCCGAUACCCUUUUUUCCGGGACUCUUAGCGCUAAUGAUUGGGGUGUUCUUGGCGACCGCUGCCCAGUUUGUCAUAACGCAUUAUGGCUUGAUGGUGCGGACUGGUAGUCGAGACAUUUGCUUCUACAAUGAGAAGUGCUUCUCUCCGGGUGUUGUGUGGGAUCUCCCAUGGAACAACUUCUUGUCCAACCUUGCCUAUUUCGUGGCUGGGGCUCAUACUGCGAUGCAGACCUUCUGGGCGGAGGUCCGCUGUCGCAACUUCUUGCGCCGGACCAUGUCAGAGAUGUUCAAGCACGUGAAUCCUAACCCUGAGGGGGGCUUGACCAAGCAGCAAUGGAUAGCGGCCUUCGAUCACGUCGAUCUGAAUGGAAGCGGAACCGUCUCGAGACAGGAGUGGUACACGCGCCACAAUCAUGCCCUAGCUUUUGAUUUCAUCGACACAGACCAGGAUGGCCGGCUCUCUCGCGAGGAAUGGUCCGAUGCUUUUGACCGGAUGGAUACCGAUCGAUCGGGCAUCUUGACCGAGGCCGAUUUUCAAAAAGCAUCCUGCGGGAUUGACCUUCGUGCCUUCUAUGCAGUGGCCAUUACUUUCAUUGCCGAGGGAAUUGGGAGCAUGUGCUACCAUCUCUGCCCGUCUGUUGAAACCUUUCAGUUCGACACAUGCUUCAUGAUCCCGAUCGCAAACCUUCUGACGAUUGCACUGGCUGAUUGGAGCGGGACAGAUUUCCUUGACACGAUCUCCGCCUUGAGGUACUUUGUCUACAUCCUGACACCUGUUUGGAUCAUCAACUUUGUUGGCACUUGGUACGACAUAGAUGUCUUUGAUUGCGAGUGGCUCUACUGGGUAUACACGAUUCUGGUGGUGGCAUGGACACUGGCUGCCGUGACUGGACUGAAGCGUGUCUUCGCCACACCGAAGAUCGGAAAGCGCGGCCUUUGGCUGAUGCGAGCUCUGCAGGCCCUCGUCGUUCUCGUGGUGCUGCUGGCAUUCUCAGUACCGAGCGUACGCAAAGGCCUUGGAGGCACAGCGAACACCUUCCUGUUGCUCUCCAUCGUUGUGAUGAUUGUUGUUGUUUGCCGGCAGAUCUACAUGCAGGACCUGCGGUACAUCACUUGGGAGGUGUCAGCGGUUGGCGGCCGCAUCAUCAAGUACAGCUACAUGGCAGUUAUGGUUUUCGUUGCCACUUUGUCCAUUCACUGCUUCAACGAGAAGGUCGCCAUCGUGACCCCAGAUGCGACACCAGCGGAGAGCCAUGAUAUCAACCAAGAUUGUUUUUACAACAUUUUUGACUUGCAUGAUUAUUGGCAUUUCCUGUCUGCCAUUGCCUUGGCUCUUUUUGCCAUGCUGCUCUUGGACAUUCGCGUGAACUCGUGGGCGCGGAAGUCUGGAAUCCAGAUUCUCUUUGAGCAGCCUGUCGACUACUCGUCGGGCACGGAUUCGGACAAGGGUUCGGACCAGGCUUCGGACCAGGAUUCUUCUGAGGAGAACGAACGCUGCCUGAGCGAAGGCGAUCUUGAGGGCGCUCGGAUCGACGACAGAAUGUGUAGACUCUAG